AUGUCUCGACUCAUCAUCCCACUCAUCUUCCUCGCCCUCGCCGAGGGCACCACCGUCUUCAACCCGCUACGCCCCUGGUGGAACGCCCCAUCCCGCACCACCCAUCGCAUCGUCGGAGGCUUCCCGAUCGACAUCCGGGACGCUCCGUACCAGGUAUCGCUCAACUACUAUCGCGAACACUGGUGCGGUGGAUCGCUCAUCGGAAGCCGAUGGGUCUUAACCGCUGGGCACUGCGUUGACGUAAGUGACCUUCCCCUGAUCAAGGUUCGCGUCGGAUCAACCCAUCACGAGUCCGGCGGUCAGCUGGUGGAGAUCCAACGAGUCCUGCAGCAUCCGCUGUACGACCUCAGUCCGUUCGAUUACGACUUUGCGCUGCUGGAGUUGGAGGAGGCGGUGCAGCUGGGUGAGGAGUUCUACGCCGUGCGCCUGCCGGAACAGGACGAACCCGUCGAAGACGGGCAGAUGCUGCAGGUCUCCGGUUGGGGUGACACUCAGAACGCGGAAGAGUGUGACGAUGUGCUGCGGGCGACCAACGUUCCGGCUGUGAACCAGGAAGAGUGUCGCAGGGCGUACAGCGGGAUUCACGAGAUUACCGAUCGGAUGAUCUGCGCUGGGUUUCAGGCUGGAGGGAUGGACGCCUGUCAGGGUGAUUCCGGAGGACCGUUGGUGGCGGGACGGACCGUGGUGGGGGUUGUGUCCUGGGGAAAGGGAUGUGCCCAGCCGGGAUAUCCGGGGGUCUACGGACGAGUGGCUGCGGUGAGGGAUUGGAUCGAGGAGAGCACUGGAAUCUAAAUGUUGGAAUCAAUAAAAUGUCCACUUGGAAUUUUGUCAG